AGACUCUGCGCUCCAGUCCACGGUUCUCCACCGGAGGUGCGGAGCGCAGACAGAGUCGCUGCCGGUGUUUCGUGCAUGAACAGCAGUCAAUGCCUUCUGCUCCACCCGCUUAGAAGCUUUGAAAAUUGACGGAUCUAAACAUCACCAUCAUACCUACUUAAACACCGAGACCAACGGCUACGUUUGGAUAUACGCACCGUACAAGCACGGAGAUGUGGAUCAUAAAGUUCAUGUUGAUUUGGACCUGCUGGUUCGGAGUGAGCGCGGACUUCGAUGGCAGGUGGCCCAGACAGAUGGCCUCAUCCAAUGGGCUGUGUCGAUAUGGCGCUCGCGUCGACUGCUGCUGGGGUUGGACACGUGUUUCCUGGGGCCAGUGCCAGCCCCUCUACGUCUUAACCCACAGAGUAAUCGGGAUAAGGUGCCAACCCCAAGCGGUAUGUCAGCACGGAUGCAAACAUGGAGAAUGCGUGGGACCCAGCAAAUGCAAGUGCCAUCCAGGUUAUACAGGAAAAACGUGCAACCAAGAAGAGCAGGGCUAUGUAAUCCCCCCAUUAUGGCACAGUCACCCUCCUGUUUUUGUUCCCAUGGACCACCAGCCGAUUGCGGUGCCUUCAGAGGACUUGAACGAGUGUGGCCUCAAGCCUCGGCCCUGUAAACACAGGUGCAUGAACACAUACGGGAGCUACAAAUGCUACUGCCUAAACGGCUACAUGCUGUUACCUGAUGGGAGCUGUGGAAAUGCCCGGACAUGCAGCAUGGCGAAUUGCCAGUACGGCUGUGAAGUAAUGAAAGGAGAGGUUCGCUGCCAGUGCCCUUCCCCAGGUCUGCAGCUGGCUCCAGAUGGCAGGACCUGUGUGGAUGUGGAUGAAUGUGCCACAGGCCAUGCGGUUUGUCCCCGUUUCCGUAAGUGCAUCAACACAUUUGGGAGUUACAUCUGCAAGUGCCAUGAUGGCUUUGACCUGCAGUACAUCAAUGGGAAAUAUCAGUGCACAGAUGUGAACGAAUGCUCUUCGAGUCAACACCAGUGUGGUCCCUACGCCACCUGCUAUAACACACCUGGUUCAUACAAGUGCAAGUGUAAAGAUGACUACAGAGGUGUGGGCUACGACUGCAAACCUAUCCCAAAGGUGGUAAUUGACCCUCCACGACCUGGAAAGACCACACCAAGCCACAAUAACAACAAAGGGGGCAACAAAAUUCCAGACUCAGACCAAAAGAGGACCACCACAACAAUCAGACCACCAGUGACAGCUAAACGGAUCUCACCUACAACAACCAUCAUCACCAAAUCUCCUCCAACCAAAAAAGUCACCCCUCCAGUGAGAGUCCCAGCAACCACCACCCGUAGGCCUCUCAUACCGACACGUAAACCCCCUGUUGUGGUGACAACCAAACCUAAGGUGCCGUCCCGUCCCGCCACCACAGCUACCACCAAAGCCCCGGUAGUUACAGCAGUGGUUCCCUUUAUCCCAACACGCAGACCUUCGAUCCCCUUUGUGACGCCAAUUGAUAACAGCAUCAAAGACAUUACUCAGAAACAAAGAGGUGAUGUUCACAUACCACGAAAUCAUGGGCAAAACAAUGUGCUUGAUAUCGAUUUAGACAUUGAACUUGGCAACACAGAAGAGGAGCUGAAGGAUGACCCAGAGACGGGUCAUCUGAGCUGCUCUUUUACCCACGGUCUCUGUGGAUGGAUCCAGCGCAGAGAGGGAGACCUUCACUGGGAGACAUCUGCAGAUCCUUCAGGUGGGCGGUACCUAACGAUCUCUGAGGGCGGAGAGAAGCGAGGUGGGCGUGGCGCUCAGCUGAUCCUCCCCCUGACGACGCCCUGGAACGAGGGGAACUUGUGCCUGGCCUUCAGACACAACAUGGCGGGCCACCACGUGGGCAUGCUGCAGGUGUUCGUACAGAAGGGACGGCAGCACAGCCCUGCUGUCUGGGGUCGAACAGGAGGAAACGGCUGGAGGUCGACCCAGAUCACCAUUUGGGGCAACGGGCUAGAGAGUGUGAUCGUGAAGGGCGAGCGACGGAGAGGCCGUAAGGGCGAAAUAGCUCUGGACGACAUGAGUCUCAAACGAGGUUCUUGUCAGGAAGAGCACAAUCUGAGGAGACUUUAACACCGACAACACCGUGAACAGAGACUUUUAACGCCAGCUUUACUCACGGGACUCUAGGAAGAUGGACGCCUUACGGAAAGGGACGUGGCUUCCUGUCAGUCCUGGUAUGGUUAUGGGUGUACUUCCUCUGGCCUUCCUCAAUGGCUACAAGUGCGUGUACUCAGUUGAGUGCUGUAGGGACAAUGUAUUUUUGAAGGCCAAAACCUGGAUACGAGUUAGCAUUUUAGCACUUCCGGUUCUAUUGUUCCAGUGCCAAUGGGUUUUUGGUUAAAUGUGGUUAACAAAAACUUAUGUUUUAUUCUA